AUGAAAAUUGACCUUCCUAACCAAAGCAUCUGUACAGUCUUAAACAGAAUGAAGUUUAUUGAUGAUGAAACUUUCUAAAUAGUUAGUGAAGAUGGUAUUGAAAAAAUAAUUCAUAUUGAUGAUGGAUUCAAAGAACUUGAAUUCAAUUACAGACCACUAUUUACCACAUCGCCAUCUGAAGAAUAUAUGGAAUUUCAUUACUACACGGAAAGAGAAUUUGUGACUGCCUAUGAUUCAACUACUUGGCUUAAAAGGAAAUAUCAGCAGUAUAAGACCUCUUAUUAUCUUAAGAAUAAAAGAACGAAUACUUAAAUGUAUGGGGAUUUGAUAGGUUUUGAUAUGUCAUACAGCUAUAUUUACACUUCUAAUUCCUUCACUUAUAUACAUUGGACUAUGAUAGAGCAAAUUUCAAGAGGAGAAUUAAAAUUCAGCUAACUUGAUUAAAAAUGUAUUGAAUAGCUUCUUCUAACUAUUCUUCCUGGAGGUAAUACGAUUCUCCAUUUAUUAUGUGACAAAGAAGAUGCAUUAAUUGAACUUAUGCAGAUUGCUCAUUCUAAAGAUGGUAAAAUCCUAUUGCAUAUGCCAUUUAUUCCAAAUAUUGAUGGAGAGACUCCAAUUCAUAGAUGCAUUAAAAAAUCAGAUUUUAAGUCAAUUGAUGUGAUGCUUAAGUAUCUAAAAUUGUACCCUAUCGAUCAUCAUUCGAGAGCUAUCAAAGAUUUAUAUUAAAGCUUUAUUGACUAAAAACUACCUGAGUUUAUACCAUAUCUUGACUCAAGAUUACUUCAAACACAACAAUUGAGGUAAAUUACAAAAGGUUCUCUGAUCGAUGAUUGCCCAGAGUUUGUAGUAUCUCAACUCUGGUUCGACUAGAAUACUCUUCAAGAAAAGAUAAUGAAGCCAAAACCCAUUGAAAAUAGAAUCUUAUGUGAAAUAUUGGAUAUGCCAGGAAUUUACCAUUAAAAUGACAAGGAUUUCUUGAAAUUUUAUUAAUCAUUAGCAAGUACAGAUGAACCGGACUACUUCAACAAGAAAGCAAUUCAGAAAUUGAUUGAAUUCAACUACCCAUUGGUCAAAGAAUACAUAAUCAUUAAACUUUUUGGACCAUUUUGCGUAUUCUAACUAUGUUUUUCUAUUUUCUAAAAUUUAGUAAUGGAAAAUAAAGCGCUUUAAGGUUAUUAACAAGUUUACUUUCCCUUAUUGGCAGUUAACCUCAUCUUUGCAGUUUACUUUAUUCACAAUGAGAUAAGACAAUUUUGUCUUCAAGGCACUAAAUACUUUUAAUCAUAUUGGAAUUACAUAGAUAUGAUUCCUCCUUUAGGCAUUUUUGCUUUUACAAUUAUAACUGUUCUUUCAGAGUAUGACUAUGAGAUAGAUGAGGCAACUAAAAGAUCCAUCUAAGCUAUCACAACUUUCUUUAUGUGGUUUAAGUUUUUAUAUUUCUUGAGAAUAUUCAGAAGUACUAGUUACUUAAUAACCAUGAUAUUUGAAGUAAUUUAUGAUAUGAGAUUCUUUUUCGCUGUGCUAUUGAUAACUAUGAUUGCAUUUGGUGAUUCAUUUUUAAGCAUUUCAUAUGGUAACAAUGAGUUGGAUAGAUUUACUCAUAGUUUCACUGAUUCAAUCAUUUACACUUACAGAAUGAUAUUAGGUGAUUUUGAGACUGACAAGUUUGGAGAAGUCGCAAAGCCUUUGGUAAUUAUACUGUUCUUGUUGUGCACAAUCUUCAAUAUGAUUGUUAUGCUUAAUCUUUUGAUUGCUAUCAUAUCCGAGUCUUUCGCAAGGAUAACUGCAAAAGCAGACUAAGCUGUGUACCAAGAAAUGGCUUCAAUGAUUGCAGAGAACUCUUACUUGAUUCCUGCAUCUAAAAAGAGAUCUUAUGCUGAAUAAAAUCAAUAUUUACUCAUAGUUAAUGAUCUUGAGUAAAUAGAAAUAAAAAUAUCUGAACAAGCUAUGUUAGAUUAAGUUAAAAAUGAGAUUAUGGAGGAAAUUAGGAUUGUCAAGGAACAAAAUGAAACCAUGCACAAGACUCUUCUUGAAAAAAUAAAUCUCAUAAUCAGCGAAAACAAAAAAUGA